AUGCCCGCCGCGUUGGAGAUGAAGACCGCCCGCGAACGGCCGCGCAAAUUCGAAUGCGGCAUCUGCGAGAAGCGCUUCGCCAGCGGCAACGAUUUGCGCAAGCACAUUCGCACGCACACCGACGAGCGCCCCUACGCCUGCCAGCACUGUCCGCUCGCCUUCCGCCAAGCGGGCUCGCUCAAGAACCACGUGGCCUGCAAACACCGAGCCGCCCUCGAUUCAACCAACGAAAACGCCGAAGCGCAACGGUCGUUCGUCUGCGCCUACUGCGCCAAAUCGUUCCCGGUCAAAGACAGGCUGAAGCUGCACCUGCGCACGCACACCGGCGACCGCCCCUACGAGUGCCCGCACUGCCAGAAACGAUUCGCGCGCGGCGGACAGUUGAUCCAGCACGUGCGCACCCACACCGGCAGCAAACCGUACGUGUGCUUGGUGUGCCGAGCGGGCUUCACCUGCUCGGCCAACUUGAAGCUGCACAUGAACCGCCACCUGGAGAUCCGCGACUUCGUCUGCGACGUGUGCGGCAAGCGGUUCUAUCGUCGCGACGCGCUGCGCAAGCAUCUGACGUGCUACCACGCCGGCGUGAAGGCGUUCAGAUGCCGCGUGUGCGACAAGCGAUUGAAGGGCCACCUGCCGCAGCACAUGCGCAUCCACGAGCGCGACAAGCCGCACGGCUGCGCCCAUUGCGGCGCCAAGUUCGCGCAGCGAUCGCAGCUGACGGUGCACCAGCGCACGCACAGCGGCGAGCGACCUUAUAGAUGUCGAGUGUGCUGGAAGGCGUUCGCGCAUUCGACGGCGUUGAAGUUGCACGUGCGCAGGCACACGGGCGAGCGGCCGUUCGGCUGCGCUUCGUGCGCGAUGCGCUUCGCGCAGCUGCCGCACCUGAAGAAGCACGUGCUGGCCAUACACAAGAGCGACAAGCCGUACGCGUGCGCCCCCUGCGGAUCGUUUCAUCGGACGAAGUCGGAGCUGGAGGAGCACCGGGUCGGUUGUAAAGCGUUGGUGGAGGUGAAGAUGGACGCGGGCGCGUCGGAGUCGAGCAUGCCGGCGGAGAAGAUGCGCUAUUUGCUGGCCAUAUUGCUGAAGAAGAUCUCGUCGGCGGAGAGGUUGAAGGCGUUGGGGUUCAAUAAGCGGUUGAUCGACGAGGUGCUGGUGGAGUCGAUCGAGAAUUCGGGCAGGGCGGCGUGCAAGGAUGGGGAUUUGGAGGCGGUCGAGCGGUUGAAGCGUAACGUGCAGAUUUUGUUGGAGUGGACCGUUCCGAAGUCGUUUAUGGAUAGGUUCAAGCAGGAGCGGCGCUCCACCGAGGAGUUGCUCAAAGAAUUGACUUCGUAA